UAGGCCUCAGAGAGGUGGAUAUCGAGAAGGAUCUAUGGUGUCUAGUAUUGCAUAUAGACCUAGUGAGUGUAAUAGCUUUCGUAGUACAUCCUCAACAGAUAAGUUACAAGAUUCAAGACAAACACGGUUGUGUUUUACACGUUUGCAAGAGGUGCAUACAGAGGUGAACUGUGAACCAGUGAGCAAGUUCAGUGAUAAGCUAAAUGUAAACUCCAGGCCUGACUCCAAAUUAUGUGACGAUAACGGUGCGGUCAAGAAGUCUGUAGUUGCAACUGGUCAGCCAUUGUUGAGUAGAGUGUCACAGCAUGGAGUUAUUGCUUCAGAGUGCAGUUCUGACUCCGCCAGAUUACAAGGUAUUACCAUUCACAGUGAAGAUAUAAAAUCCUUAAGGAUUUGAACGAAAUAUUCCCAUAUUGACUUAUAGGAAAAGGGACAAAGAGCUUAGAAAACUUUCGUUUCGACGACUCAUUUUCAUGAGCUGUACAAUCGUAAUUAUAAUUAGACACAUAAGUUUUUGACCAAUCAGAUACUGGUAAACUUUGUGCUUGAAAAUUCUACUACAUAGUGUGAGGUGUAAGAAGGGAUGACUAGUUGUAAGUUAGAAAGGAGACAGAAGUUGGCAUGACCUAAUAAGUGUGAGAUAAUGACUAAUCAAUAAGCUAUAGUAUAGAGGACAGGAACUAGUGGAAAGGUUAUACAGUAGUUUUGUAUAAGAUCUGUGUGAAAAAGCAAUGUUAUUAAUAAACAGUAGUAGAGUAGUAAUAAAAUGUGGAUGGUGGGAAUAGUAAUAAUAAUAAAAAUAAUAAUAGUGAACUUACAUAUUAAAAGAGAGGAGCAGAAUUAUAGUGAGAAAUUUACUCUGGCCAUGGUAGGGCUAGAGAAUGUAUGUAUCGUUUUUGUAUGCACAAGUCCGGUUUUAGGUCUCGAAUAGCUAAUGCCUCAGCUAUGUACAGAUGUCGUAUCCGCAGUCCUUUUGUACGAUAUUGAGGGACUCUGUGUACCACUGUGAAGCAUUCGUGUGGGGGUGCUCGAUGUCCGGAGAUAACAAGGUGUUCGAGGAUUGGGCUGUUGCUAUUCUUCUUUUCUCCUCUGGCUAACCAAGCUGGUCAGUGUUCCAGGAUACGUUUGUGGACUUGACGUUGCGUACGGCCGAUAUACUUUGCUCCACACGAGCAAGUGAAUUGAUAAAUACACAUUGAAGUGGCCGAAGGCGGUAUCUUGUCCUUAACGUUAGACUGGAUUAACUGUCUGCAGGAGAAUGUUAUACUUAGAGUGGCUAUUGGGAAUGUCUUCUUCAUAUUUUGAGACCAAAUUUUCUAUAUGAAUAUUUUCUUCGCUGUUUGUGGUUUUUAUUAUGACUCAUUAUGGGUAUAUUUUGUUCAUUGAAAAACUCCAAAUACCCAGGGACAAUAAAGGAAUUAGACAAAUUUCUGAGUUUCUCCUUCAAGUUUGCUGAAAUCAACACGGAGCUUAUUUUUCUUAAACGAUGCAUUGAUAAGCAUUAGUAUCCAAAACAUUACUGGAAGAAUCUCCGCCGGAAUCAUAUUUACCCUAAUUCAAAGACACUAAAUCGUCACACACUGAAUCACAUCGACGCCAUCCGCUCACGCAUACCCGAACUUGAGCCAAACAUAUCACAAAGAACCCAUGCUUUAUAUGAACUAUCUGAUGAUGAACGACAAACAUUCCAGGAUUACGUAUCUAGUGUCAUACAAAAGCGUUGUGACGAUACUACUUCACGACUAACAAAAAGCUUGAAACCAUCUGAAACUUUUUCGACGUUUCCACAGAAUCCGGAGAAAUAUGUAUUCAAUUUCUCGAAUUUUCCUCUGACUCCUGUUCAAAUGCAAGUCCUAUCACUUGGCCCAAAAUUUUGCCAUGUAUCGAGUAAAACCAACGAAUUAUAUACUAAAGUGCAGUUUGAGAAUUUAAUGUCACAGACACCCGAUUUGUCACCGACUUCCGAAAAAGACCUAGAUCAAUUCAAAGCUUCAAUUCUUGACAGCUGUUACAAGUACAUUCGUACGCAACCGAGCCACCGUUACCUACUAACCAAAGAACACAGAAGACAACUUAAACAACUUCAAGAAAAUAAAGACGUAAUCCUUGUCCGUCCUGAUAAGGGCAGUGGGAUUGUAGUGAUGAACAGAUCCGAUUAUAAUGAGAAAUUGACAAAUAUACUAUCAGACAAAACCAAAUUCUUUGAAUCACCCAACCAAAAAGACACAACCGAAAGAACAGAAAACCUACUCACAAAAUUGCUGAAGAGAAUGAAAGAAGAUUCAGUCAUAACACAGGAGGUUUAUGAGCAAAUAAGACCAUGUAGUUCAACUAUUCCAAGACUGUAUGGACUGCCGAAAGUGCAUAAAGAGAAUGUUCCACUUCGACCGGUCAUAGAAAUGGUUAACUCACCGUAUCACCAAAUCGCGAAGUGGCUAGCUGAUAUCCUCGAACCAGUUAAGAGACAUAUGACAAGAUAUAGCCUCAAAGAUACUUUUGACUUCAUUGACUCAGUGAAGGAUGUCAACGUGUAUGAAGGACAAAUGAUCUCACUAGAUGUCGCCUCCCUAUUCACAAGUAUCCCCCUGACUGAGACAAUAUGCUUCAUUUGUAAUUACAUAGAAACCAACAACGUGGAAGUUCCUCUCCCCAUAAACUACCUGAAGGAACUUCUUCUCAGAUGCACGUUCAUUAUCCAGUUCAAAUUCAAUGAACAGUUCUAUGUACAGAAAGAUGGAGUAGCCAUGGGGUCUCCUCUCGGUCCACUCCUAGCUGACUGUUUCAUGGCGAGUCUUGAAAACAACAUCCUUGAUCCCUUGAUAAGUAAACUGCACUUAUACAAGAGAUACGUAGGUGAUACGUUUAUAAUCUGUGAUGAAAAAUGUGAUUUAGAUUCUCUCCUGAAAACCUUCAACGUAGCGCAUCCAUCAAUAAGAUUCACCUUAGAACGCGAAUCGAACAAAGCAUUUCCAUUCCUCGAUGUAUUACUCAUCAGAAGAGACGACUGUACGAUCCAAAGAUCGAUAUACCCUAAUCCAACAUGGACUGGACAGUUUAUCGACUUCCAGAGCUUUGUUCCACUGACCCGAAAGAGAAACGGCGAAGUUAAACUUUUAGGGGUUGAGAGAUAUUAAAGGUUUGACGUGAUAUCUCGUUCAA